UGUCGGUGCGCAAAAAUAACCACCACAUUCCAGUAAUAAUCGUACCAACACAAAGUCCGAUUCCCCUCCGGUCCGAUUUGGUCCCGAUCUAACUUAAUCAAUCAUUCCUUAAUUAGGAUUUUUUGUGCUUAAAAUAAGCUACAUUUUGUUAAAGCCAUCCUCAAACAUAACAAAGAGUUGCAGAUACCCAUUGGAGCUUCUGCAUCUCUAAACUAAAGGAAUCUUCUUUUUCUCUAAAACCUAGUUGCAUUCUCGCUUUAUAUAUGAUAGAUCUAGACCUUAAAGGUUGUUCUCAAUAGGAUUUUUCAGUGAUAUAAGGUCGCAUUGUUCAAAAUGGGGAAGAAAUCGCGUUCCAGAGGGUGCUUCGGGUGGUUUAUUGUGGCAAUAGUAUUGGCAGUGGUUGUCGCGGCCGUUGUUUACACAGUUAAAAAGAAAAUUCAUAAAUCCGAUGACGCAGGUGCUGUUCCUGGGCCUCCUGGCGCCAUCGAUAAGAAGUAUGCCGAUGCUCUCAAAGUCGCAAUGCAAUUCUUCGAUGUGCAAAAAUCUGGUAAUUUGGAGGAUAACGAGAUAUCUUGGAGAGGGGAUUCGGGAAUUAACGAUGGGAGUCAAGCGAAAGUGGACCUGUCAAAAGGAAUGUAUGAUGCUGGAGAUCAUAUGAAGUUUGGUUUUCCGAUGGCUUUUACUGCCACAGUGUUGUCUUGGGCUAUUCUCGAGUAUGGAGAUCAGAUGGAUGCUGUUAAUCAGUUGGAACCUGCUAAAGAUUCCCUUAAGUGGAUCACUGACUACCUUGUUAAUGCUCAUGCUUCAGCUAAUGUGCUCUACAUUCAGGUUGGUGACCCUAAGACAGACCACGGCUGUUGGGAUAGGCCUGAGGACAUGACUGAGAAGAGACCUGUUACUCAGGUGAACACAUCUUCUCCAGGAACAGAGGUUGCAGCUGAAACCGCAGCUGCAAUGGCUUCAGCAUCACUGGUGUUUUUGAAAAGUGACUCCACAUAUUCAAGCACUCUCCUUGAGCAUGCUAAACAAUUGUUUAGUUUUGCUGAUAAACAUAGAGGUUCCUAUAGUAAAAGCAUCCCCGAAGUCCAGACCUAUUACAAUUCAACAGGAUAUGGGGAUGAGCUCCUAUGGGCAGCCAGCUGGCUCUUCCAUGCAACAGGGGAUAAAACAUACCUUCAAUAUGUAACUGGGGAAAAUGGAGAUUCCUUUGCAGAUUGGGGAAGUCCGACUUGGUUUAGCUGGGACAAUAAGCUGGCAGGAGUUCAGGUUCUGUUGUCCAGAUUAACCUUCUUUGGUUCGAGCGCCUCAAACUCAGGUCUUCAAAAAUACAGGAAAACAGCUGAAGCUGUUAUGUGUGGCCUUAUACCAGACUCGCCGACAGCCACAACCAACAGAACUGAGAGUGGCCUUAUAUGGGUUAGUGAAUGGAAUGCCCUGCAACAUCCUGUUGCUUCUGCAUUUUUAGCUGCUCUUUAUAGUGACUACAUGCUUACAUCAAGGACUAAAGAGCUAUCAUGCAGUGGAGAAUCAUACAAACCAUCAGAUCUUCGGAAGUUUGCCAAAUCCCAGGCUGAUUAUGUCUUGGGGAAGAAUCCUAUGAAAAUGAGCUAUCUAGUUGGAUAUGGUGAUAAGUACCCACAAUAUGUUCACCAUAGGGGAGCUUCAAUCCCAGCUGAUGCAACAACUGGGUGCAAGGAUGGCUGGAAAUGGCUCGAGUCAGAGGACCCCAAUCCCAAUGUAGCUACCGGAGCACUUGUGGGCGGACCUUUCCAAAAUGAAUCAUUUGUUGAUUCUCGAAACAACUCGAAGCAAGGAGAACCAAGCACAUAUAACAGUGCAGUCAUUGUUGGGCUGCUCUCAAGUCUGGUCACCACCUCUUCAGCAGUUACAUCCUUAAAUGCGUAGUUACACGCUGUUUGUAUUAUAUGUAUCUGUAACCUGAAACCUGUAAGUGUUAUUUGUUUCCCCUGCAAAAUUUAAGUUGGCAUCUUAAAUAUAUAGUUUUUUUUUUUUUUU